CCCAACCGUUGAGGCGCAAGAUGAGCCCACGCCCAGUUGCCCAUCACCUAUAAAAACGUAGCACCUGUAUAAUUUCCCUACCUCCAUUUUUUGUUGUUCCAGUUUCAAAAAGUUUUGCAGUCGUUUUCCUUUUUCCGUGAAAGCACAAACUUGUCACAGUCAUUAGAGCCUUGCGAGUUACCAGCUUUCCCUUCCUCUAGGACAAACCCUUUCAGUGACCAAACCAAACCAAACCAAAAUCUUUCUCGUUUUCUUAGUUUGAAUUCCUUUUGGGUUUUACUUGUUUGUUCUUUCCCUUGUAAUAGUAAUGUCAGCAGCAGGUUUUUUCUUUCUCUGUUUGUGAUUUUAGUUUUUCUUUUUGGCGUGUUUUUAAUUUUUUUUACUUGAAUAAUGACAAUGUAAACAUGUAAGUAUUGUGUUCAUGUACUGAAAUAUACACAACAAUUUGGUGGUUACUGUCUCUUCGUAUUUUGCUUCUUUUUUUUCUCUCUUUCUUUUUUUAAAAAAACCUUUUGCUUUGGUUUUUCAUUAACUCACAAUGUCGCAUCUCAAAGAGAAAAAUUCAGAAGAAAAAAACCUUGGGUUCAAAUGGGGUGUUGAGAAAGGCGUUGGAGGCAAAAACAGGGACAUUAUGUUCUACGAGUCAUUUACUUACGAGGGUGAGGAGUAUUUUGUUUAUGAUUGUGUUUACUUUUACCUUGGCCAGCCCGAAGCUUCCAUAGGUAAGCUAGUGAAGAUGUGUGAGGGUCCAGAUCACGCUAAGAAAGUGAAAGUCGUUUGGUUUAUGCGUCCGAGUGAAAUUAGAAACUUUUUGGGAAAUUAUCAGCCGCGUUGGAAUGAGAUUUUCUUGGCUUCAGGUCAAGGACCAGGGGUCUCAAAUGUCAAUCCUGUGGAGUCAAUUGUUGGAAAAUGCAAUGUUGUCUGCAUAUCAAAUGAUCGUAGAAAUCCACAAGCAACUGAAGCAGACGUGAGAUGGGCUGAUUAUUUCUUCUGCUGCCAUUUUGAUGUUGGAGGGCCUGCAAUAUCAGAUGUUUUUCCAGAUAUGGUAGAUGGAGUUAAAGUGGAGCACUUCUUCAACAAGAAAAAAGAACAAAAGCCACUAGGCCCUCCCAAUCUCAAAUCAAAUGUUAAGGAGCAAACUGGGCUACCAAAUUUCUCUUCCAAGUUAAAGGUAAAGAAAGUAAUUGGCAAUACUGUAAGAGAUGACCAUUCUGGUAGCAGACUAAUCCCAUUGCUGAAAGAAUCAAAGACAGCUCCUGUAGGCACGAGCAAGCAAGUGCAUUUUCCAAGUGAGAAUACUCCUCCAAGGCUUAAGACAUCUAUUCCUAGUGGUGGGACUCAGCAUGGUGGAAGUUCACACUGCCAAGUUCAAGAUAAAUUUGAUAAAGCUGAAGUGAAAUUUCCUAAAGAUUCACUUACCAACACAGCUGAGGUCCAGCCUUAUAAAAAGAGAAAACUUCUUCUGGAUGAGAGGGCAAGCAGAAAAUUUGAUAAUCUACAUCAUCAACAAGGACAGGAUAGGGGCACCAAAAUUGAUAAUCAACUUGUACAGGUUUUAAGAAGACCCCAUGCAGAUAGCAGAAAUUGGUUCAAGCAACUACCUUGGGAGCAAAGACUUGAGAGAGCUCAAGAAAGCGGUAGUCUAGUCUCACUUGAAAAUCUGGAUCCAUCUUACACAUCAGCAGAAGUAGAGGAUCUUGUUUGGCAUGCAUUUAAAGAGAAGGUUGAAGCAAAAAUGGUAGAGAAGAGUACUUUUUCAUGCCCUCACUAUGCAGGUAAGGCUCUUAUUAUAUUCAAGUCAAAAGAAGCAGCUGACGCAGCAAUUUCCCAUUUAACAAAGAGAUGCUUAGUGCUAGCGGAUGGGAGACCUGUUAUUGCUAAGAGAGAGACUUUGAGGAAGCCUAGCAAAUUAGCUGGAUUUGUCGGUCAUCUUACCAUUGACAGAGUCCAGCAUAAGAGGCAAACUGAAGAGAUGAAAAAAGCAAAGUCAACAUCGCAUCCUUCCCAGCCCAAUAACAUUGAAUAUGAUAUGGGAAUGGAGUGGCGAAUACUGCAAGAAAAAUCAGAUAUGUGGUGGAAGGCAUUACAUGAGGUUUUGCUGCAUCCUCAAAGUCAAAGCAACAAGCAAAGGAGAUACAAAAUGUUAGGAAACAGCUGAAGAUGAAAAGCAGUAGCUAGUUGCAUUUGGAGGUGUCAACUACCUUCUGGAAAGGUUUCCUUUUGUUUUUCCACAUUGCAAAGAUGUAGACAAGGGUGUCUCCUAUUUUUGGACAGCAUACAGGGUCACACCCAGCAUAACAAUGUCAGAACCUAUACUGAAACAGAUGUUCAAUUUUUUGUGUGUAAAUUCUUUGCCUCAUCCUAUUUGGAUAUCCCACACAUUUUUGCGGUCACCUGGGAAAGUAACUAUGUUUGUCAACUUGUACAGUGAAAAUUUCUUCAGCAUUUUAGGCAUUCAAUUCUUAUAUGAACAUUCUAAUUCUAGGUUCA